AUGUUUUACCCGAGCGAGGCGGGCCUGGCCGCUAGUUUACACUAAAUGCUAAAUUCUGCAAGAAUUUGGAUGUCAGAGAUAAAAUUAUUAUGUAGACACUUGAACAGUUUAUCUUCGAUAGAAAAUCAUCCAGAUCUAGAAAUACCAUGAUAACAUUACUGAUAUAAGUUUCGGAGAUGUCUGUACUGUGUUACACGUAUAUAGAAGUUAAAACAAGAGACAUCAAACGACGAAACAUAACUUUUUAUAAUGAUUAUAGUGAUAAUAGGCGUGUUUUUAGUGAGUAGUUUAGCUGACAGUGCCAAUGUGCGAGUUGACCCGUUAGUGCUCAUCCACCAGGGAUUGGUCAGAGGUCGCAGAGCUACUGAUGGUGAUUAUUCUAAGUUCCUGGGAGUGCCAUACGCUAAAGUGGAUUUAGACAAUCCUUUUGGACCGGCCGAGGCAAGUCCAAUCUUCGAAGAAGUAAUCUUCAACGCCUACGAGGGCUCCACGAUGUGUCCGCAAUCAGACAGCUCUCACAGCGAAGAAGAAACUUUGGACUGUCUCAAACUGAAUAUUUAUGUCCCGAACUACGCGAGUUACAUUGAUCCCUUGCCUGUUCUCUUAUACCUUCACGGAGGAGAUUUUUCUCACGGCAGUGCUGGAGGUUAUGGAGUCAAAAACUUAGUGAAGCAUGGCAUUUUAGUAGUUACUAUUAAUUACCGCCUGGGCCCUUAUGGGUUUAUGUGCUUGGAUGUACCGACUGUACCAGGAAAUCAAGGCUUGAAGGACCAAUAUCUAGCUCUGCAAUGGAUCCGAAGAAAUAUUAAUGCGUUUGGAGGCAACCCUUACAAUGUAACGCUUGGUGGUCAAGACGCUGGCGCCGUUUCCGUGUUACUCCAUUUAUACGCAGACAAACAAAAGUUAUACCACAAAGUUAUUAUUGAGAGCGGUACGCCGCAGAAUGAAGGUAUGUUUGUUGAUGCAGAUAUUAAUGCUGCUAUCAAAUUAGCAGAGCAUUUGGGACUUAAUACAAGUAAUACUCAAGAAGCUUUGGAGUUUCUAACUGAAACACCACAUACAUUAGUUACAGGAGCUGCUAAAGACCUAAACUUGCAGCUCAAACCAUGUAAAGAAAGAUCGUUCAGCGGAAUUGAAAAUUUUAUUGAAACAGAUCCCUAUUCAUUAUCAAAUGAGAUAAAAAUCAGUAACACGCCCAUUUUGAUAGGCAAUACAAAUAAAGAACAGUUAUCCCUUGACGAGUUCGGGGAUAAUUAUUAUGAAACGGAUCCAUUUUAUAGAAAAAUUGAAAACAAUUUCAAUCUGAACGAAGAUCAAUUAAUUGCGGUUGCUCAGAAGAUAAGAAACUUCUACAUCGGCGAUAAAUCCAUAUCACCAGAAGUAGCAUCGGAAUUAGAAGAUUUUGAAUCAGAUUUCAUUUAUAACCAUCCAAUACAAAGAACAAUAACUAAGUUGUUAAAAGAAAAUGCUAACCCUGUGUACGAGUAUAUGUUCAGCUAUGUAGGAGACUCAGGUCUAGAAGGAGCUGGGCAUUCGGCAGAGUUGGAGUAUUUGUUUGAUUUUUCCAACAGUGAACACAACGAGAAAGAUCAAUUGAUAGUAGAUCGUAUUACCACUUUGUGGGCAAACUUCGUCAAAUAUGGUAACCCAACCCCCCAAAACACGAGUAUAGUAGCAGUAACAUGGUCGCCGGUGACAAGCAGUAUCCGGCCGUACUUGGUGAUAGACUCGGAGGUCAGAAUGGAGAGUCGGGUGUUCAACAAUAGGAUGGCCUUCUGGGACCUCUUCUACGACAGCUUCGGGACCUACAAUAAACUCAUACGAGCCUGUAGUUUCUAUUAACGGAAUAUAUAUUUUUUAAUACGAUCGAUGUUCUCAUAUUUAAAAGUGUCGUAUUGUCGUAUUCGUUUUAUUUCAAAACAGAAAAUAUACUGUUUACUUAUGUAAAUAAAGAUAAACGUAACAUAGCGUAACGUAGGUCCAUGAAUGUGACAUUGGUAAGUAAAAUUUAAAAUAAAUUGAGGAAUAAAAACAAUUGUUAAAGAAUUCAUUGACUUAUCAGUAAAUGCAGUCAAGAUAGUAGGUCAACUCGACGGAAGUAGCUCAUAAAGAAAACAUAUUCGGAGCAACGGCAUUCAAACUUCAGUGCACAAUUAUGAUUGACGACAGCUGAUUGCAAUCACGCUUGGUUUUCUUUCUCGUUCUCUCAUGUCAAGCAGCUAUUGACAAUGAACUAAGUAGUUAAGUGAAGUAUGUUUAUUCAUUUCAAUCAAAACAGAAAAUUGUUCCAGGUAUAUACUUAGGUACAUACCUAUUCAAGUGAUUAUACAUAUAAGGUGAAGAGCAAAUAACAUCUUUAAAUA